GCUACAGCUGAUUGAGCCUAUUCCCUGCCCUUUUUAUGUCCCAACACCAUCUCUAGUCUUUUGAGGCACCAGCUUUCCUUUUCCUCUCUUGAAUCAUUCUACAUCUAACAUUCAAUAUCUCUGAGAUCUCUCUGUGAGUCCCUUAUCCUCUUCCCUACUCUCUCUCUCUCUCUCUCUCUCUCUCUCUCUCUUUUGUUCCAUGAGGAAUCCUUUAUCUUUUACUGUAUGGGAUCAAACCAAUCUUUUUUGGGCCUCAAAUUUGAUUUUGAAUUCAGCAUUGUGUACCUUCCCUGCAGCUUUUCUUCUGCAUUGAAAUAUUUAUCAUCUUGUGCUGCAGCUUUUCCUUUUCAUAAGUGGUGGUGGUGGGAAGUAUGUUGGAUGCUACAUUCUACUGCACAUCUUUUUAUUCUCUCCAUCUCUCUCUCUCUCUCUCUCUCUCUCUCUCUCUCUCUCUCUCUCUCUCUCUCUCUUUUCCUUUUCCCUCCAAAAUGGGCACUGCUUAAGUGAUCUUUUGGAAUGAGACAUUGGCUUCUUUUUGUUGCUUUUGUAAGAAACCAAUCAAUCACUCCAUUUAUGCUUUGUGAUUAAGUUGCAAUCUCCCCCCCCCUCCUCUCUCUCUCUUACUAUAGAGGCUCUCUUAAUGUGAGAGAAAGAAGAAAUUGCUCAACCUUUUUUGGCUUAUUAAUUGUUUCCAAAUUGUGAAUUGUUGGUUACCAAAAAUAGUAAGGAGCAGUAAUUUCUCUACUGUUUGGUGAAGCAGUAAAAGAGAGAGUGGAACUGAAACCUUAAAACAGAAUCAAGAAUCAUGGAUGGUUUUGAAGAGAGAUCAUCAAAACCAUGGAGUGGAGACCCAACUGUAUCAGAACCAGUAGAUAGGGAUGCUUCUUGGAAGGACUUUGGCACGUCGAUGAACGCUAUCUCCUUCGGGUUCGCUGCGACGGCGAUAUUGAUUUCCAUGUUCCUCAUCAUGGCCAUUUUUGAGCACUUGAUUAAGCCCAGGGCUUCUUUCUUCAGGCCCCAGAAUGAUGCCUUAGAAUCUAUUGAGAUUGGGCAUACACGGACUCAGCCAAUUCAGAAGAUUCGGAAUUCGCCGACAGUGGAGUCUAAAUUUCCUCCAAACUUCUCAGUCCUGAUGCCGGGGCAGCGAUAUCCAACUUGCCUUGCGCAGCCCGCGCCUCUUCCGUGCCCGCGAGAAGGAGUACAUUGGCCUCCACAUGAUCACCACUCCUUUCACCCUCCAUAAUACCCUCCUCCAAGUACUCUUUGAUCAUGAUAGAGAUGAUCUAAUGGUAUCGAAACGCGGUGUUUUGUACUACUUUGUCAAAUAUGAAUACCACAGACCCUUGUCCCCUGAUUGAGAAAUUUGCUUGAUGAGUAGGAAGAGUUUCCCUUUUAUGGAGAUACCAAGAAGCCAACUGCAGCAGCUUUAUGUCAGAAAGUACCAGCAAUGUAAACAGGGGGAAUAGGUUAAGGUUUUCAGGAUUUUAUGUGCAUAAUAUGCAAAAGAAUAGUUUGGACUGAAAUGCACACUUGGUUUUCAUUGAGUUUCUAAUUGCCGCAAAUUCUAGCA